GGCGGGAGGACGACGAUGGCGACGGCGGCGUCUGCUGAGGCGGCGGCGCUGGACGCCCUGAAGCGGGGCGGCCCGGGGGCGGCCGAGUCGCUCUUCGAGGCGCACGCGGUGGCGGAGCUGAGGGCCGUGGAGCGGCAGGUCCGCGCGGGCAUCGAGGGCAAGCGGGAGGAGCUCCGGCAGAUGGUCGGCGAGCGCUACCGGGACCUCAUCGAGGCGGCCGACACCAUCGCCGAGAUGCGGCUCAGCGCCGAGCACCUCGUGGAGGCCGUGCGGGGCCUGCAGCAGCGGAGGGCCAAGGGACGCGCCGGAGGGGGCGGGGGCGGCGCCCCACAUAACGGCCAGCCCACUGCGCGGAGGCCGACGGUUGAGGCAGUACGCCAGUCACAGGAGAAGUUCUACUGUUUGGCAGCACAGAUCCAACUACUGCUGCAGAUUCCUGAGAAAAUCUGGAGCGCAAUGGAAUCCUCUCAGUACUUAUAUGCCACCCAGUUGUACCUGCUGUGCUGCCACCUCCAGCACCUCCUGCAGCUGGAUUCUUCUGGCUCCAGCUACAGCCCAAUUCUGGCACGUUUUCCUAUCCUUGCACGACAAGUAGCUGCAGGUAGCCAUUUCCGGUCAACAAUCCUGCAUGAGAGCAAGUUGCUACUGAAAUGUCAGACCGUUUUGGACCAAGCAGUAGCAGAGGCAUUGUGUUCAGCCAUGCUUCUUGAGGGCAGUUCUCCACGCCAGGCUCUUGCCGACUUCCUGCUGGCCAGGAAAUCUGCAAUUCAGCAGCUUCUGGAUCAGCCCCAUCAUGAUGCUGGCAUUAAAGCGCAAGUUUGCUCCUUGGUGGAGCUGCUAGCCACAACCCUGUAUCAAGCACAUGCCCUCUUCUAUUCCCUGCCAGAGGGAAUGCCUUCAGACCCAUCUCUUCCCUGUGGCUUACUCUUCUCAACCCUGGAGACCAUCACAAGCCAGCAUCCAGCAGGUAAGGGCAUCACAGCUUUGAAGGAAGAAACCAAGCUGAGCAGCUCAUUCAAAUAUUUGCCAUCUUCCAUCGCUGAAUUCCAGCCAACACUCAGAACUCUGGCACAUCCUAUUAGCCAGGAUUACCUUAGAGAUACACUUCAGAAAUGGAUCAAUAUGUGCAAUGAUGACAUCAGAUCUGGGAUCACAAACUUGCUGGUGUAUGUAAAGAGCCUUAAAGGUCUGGCUGGAAUCCGUGAUGCUGUAUGGGAACUGCUCACCAGUGAGUCCAUGAGUCAGAACUGGGAGACAGUAUGUCACCGCCUCCUUGACAAACCCAUCUUUUUUUGGGAAGAUUUGUUACAACAGCUUUUCUUGGACAGAUUACAGACACUGACAAAGGAAGGAUUUGAUGACAUCUCCAGCAGCUCCAAGGAGCUCCUUGUUGUCUCUGUACAGGAGCUUGAAGCCAAGGUUGAUGCAUCUGCCCACAACAAACAUAUGCUAUUUGAACAUAACAUGGCCUCUUUCUUAUGGUCAGAGAAUCCAAAUGACUUGCCACCUGAUGCAGCCUGGAUCAGUGUGGCGAACCGCAGUCAGUUCACCAAGAGUGGGUUAUCCAUGAAAGCCCAGGCCCACAGCCCACGAGUUCAAAGCUUCUGCAGCGCUCUGGAUUCCAAGCUGAAGGCCAAGUUGGAGGACCUUCUGUCCUACUUGCCCUCUGACUCCUCUCUGCCUAAGGAUGCUCUGCGUGUUCAACCCAGGAACUCUGCCUUUGACAGGUUUGCUGAUGCAGGCACAGUAGAAGAACUGUUGCGCAGCCACUGCAUCAGCUGUGUGGAUUAUGUGCUGGGUUGUGUUAGGGAAGAGCUGCAUCAGGCUCAGGAUGUACUUCAAGGAUGUGCAGACGCUUUGCACAACCCCAAAAUCAACACCGUUCUCUUCAUGGCACGGCUCUGCCGAUCGUUGGGGGAGUUAUGCCCGCAUUUGAAGCAGUGCAUUCUGGGUAAAUCAGGUUACCCAGAAAGUGUUCUGAGGGAGCCUUGGCCUUUGAAAAAGGUUGGGAAAGGGAAAACUCAAGAGGUGAAUCCCAUAAAGGUUAAAUGGCAAGAAUUAAAAGAACGUUUGCUGCAGGAUAGCCUGUCUGCCUAUCGGAUUUGGAGCACAGCUGUUGCUAAAGUCCUGGUUCAGGGGUUCACACAGUCGUUGUUAAAUGGUCAAGCUGGAUCCAUUCUGGCAACAGCCACCAACUGGGAAGAGAUUGAAAUUGAAGAAGAGACUGAGACUGGAAGCAGUGUAAAGUCCAAGAUACGGCUCCCUGUGCAGCCAUCAUGGUGUGUCCAGACCCUCCUCUUCAGUUUGUGCCAAGAAGUCAAUCGAGUUGGAGGUCAUACCCUUCCCAAGGUCACCUUGCAAGAACUACUGAAGACUUGUAUGACUGAAGUAUUAGCUGGCUAUGAAAAACUGUCAGGAGCGAGCCAGGAAAAGAAAGAAGGGAAGUUACCCAUCACUCAGAACAGGGCUUUGCAACUCUUGUAUGAUCUUCGGUAUCUGAAUAUAGUCCUGACAACUAAGAGUGAAGAUAUGAAAGGCAGCAGAAACAAGCAGGAUUCCAGGAUUGAGAAAGAGAUAGACUUUCUGGAGAGUUAUAUAGAUCCCUUCGACUUGGAUGUCUUUACACCACACUUAAACAGCAACCUUAAUCGUCUGGUGCAGCGGACCUCUGUCCUGUUUGGCUUAUUAACAGGGGCAGAGAAUCAGUACACCAGCCGAAGCAGUAAUUUAACUUCUCAAGAAUUACAUAACAUCCUACCUCUAGCAUCUAGUCAAAUCAGAUUUGGGCUGUUGCCACUCAGCAUGUCAAGCUCACGCAAGACUAAAUCAGCUAUGAGAAACACUGAACAGAAGGCUCAGUAUGAUGCUGACCAAGUAACCCCUGAAGAAAUCUUGCUGGGAUCCCAGCUGCUGCCCUUCUAAGAGCAGAAGAGACGUUCCGCCCUGGCUCCCUGUUCAGGCAGCUUGCAGCAGAGGAGGAGGACACAGCAGCACCAUCUUUAUUUAAACUUGGCUGGCUCUCUAGCAUGACCAAAUGAUUCAAUAAAAUGUGAAUAAUUGUA